AGGCACAGUUUGGCUUCGCGUGUUGUUUCCAGUCGGAACUAUUUUGAUAACGCUCCACCGGUGGUGCGGCACUCCAAGCACAGCUGCAUCUGCUUGCACCCUCUGCCCUGAAACUUUGCGGGUACUUCUACCUGCUGGAGGGAUGCUAUGGGGUGACAUUCGGUUUUUAGAGACUCAAUGACUAAACUGCAGUCGUGUGUUGUAUUGAUCUCUUUUUUUUUUCUCAAAUGUUUAAUUGAAAACAACCGCGCUCGUAAUAUCCGCUUUUAUCAAAUAAGAAGUUAUUAAACUAAGGUUUUUAGGUCAGGUAAAAGAAAAUGGUGCCUUUAAAGCGGAGGAAAGUCGCCAACUCGGGCACUCUGAAUGCUGGGACACACAACAGCGCAGCAACACAACCAACUAAGUUCCCUCAGGUUGUUUUAUUCUUGUUGGAAAGGAAAAUGGGAGCCAGUCGAAGGGCUUUUCUCUCUCAACUCGGACGGAGGAAAGGAUUUCAGGUGGAGGAACUAUUUAGUGAAAACGUGACCCACGUUAUCUGUGAGAGCAACACUGCUCAGGAGGCCCGGAUGUGGCUGGAGGCGCAGGGAGCAGGGCAGACAGGGCGCCACCUGCUGGACGUCAGCUGGUACACCGAGAGCAUGCGUGACGGACACCCAGUGGAGAUACUGGACAGACAUAAACUACAGGAGUUUGCAGUGAAUGACUCUGAGGUUACUCCCUUCUCCGUUCCCAGCUACGCCUGUCAGAGGAGGAGCACCCUGGAAAACCACAACGCUGUCCUGACCGACGCUCUGUCGCUCCUGGCUGAAAAGGCAGAGCUGAGCGACGAGGACGGCCGAGGCGUGGCGUUCCGCAGGGCGGCCGCCGUGUUGAAGGCGCUUCCCUCCGCCGUCACUAAGAUGUCCCAACUCACAGGCCUGCCCUGCCUGGGAGAACACUCACUCAGAGUCAUCAAAGACAUUUUGGAGAACGGAGCAUCAAGUGAAGUUGAAUCCACUAAGGAGUCUGAGCGGUUUAAAGCAUUAAAGGUGUUGACGGGUAUUUUUGGCGUCGGGUCAAAGACAGCGGACCGAUGGAUCCGAGAGGGGAUCCACAACCUGCAGCAACUGAGAGAUUCAGGGCAAACGCUCAACCGUGCUCAACAAGCAGGUCUGGAGCACUACGACGACAUCAAGCAGCCGGUCAGCCUGGCGGAGGCUGAAGCCAUCAGGGGGAUUGUGGGAAAAGCCGUCGCCUCCGUCUCAUCAGAGGCUCAGAUCGUUCUCACAGGAGGAUUCAGAAGGGGGAAGCUAACGGGUCACGAUGUUGACUUCCUGAUUACUCACCCCGAGGAGGGCAGUGAGGUGGGACUGAUGCCCAAACUGGUGUCCUGGCUGGAGUCACGGGGUCUGCUGUUGUACCAGAAGACCACCAGGAACUCCUACUUGGAGUGUAGUGAGGGUCCAGGCCGGCCGCCCUCCAACAUCGAUCGUUUCGAGAGAUGCUUGUCCAUCUUCAAGCUGUCGGCAGGACAAACGGGAAGCGGUGUCCAGUCAGAGGAAACCGCAGCGUCUCCAUCGGCCACAGAGAGACAGUGGAGAGCGGUCAGAGUGGACCUGGUGGUCUCCCCCAUCAGCCAGUUUGCUUUCGCUCUGCUGGGCUGGACCGGAUCCAAGCUGUUUGAGAGGGAGCUGCGGCGGUGGGCGGGGCACGAGAAGGGCAUGUCUCUGAGCAGCCACGCCCUGUACGACAGCAAACAGGGUCGAUAUAUAAGAGCUUCUUCAGAGGAGGAGAUAUUUGCUCACCUUGGUCUGGAGUUCAUUCCUCCAAUGGAAAGAAACGCCUGAAGAAGUCCUGCAGGAGCAUCAAGGAACGCUCUGCUGACGACUGGACAAACUCCAGCUGAUACUCCAUGCUCUGUGAUCCUGCUGCUGGAGGAUCAUAAAAUUCAUAAAAUUACAAGGCUAAAGUCAUAAUGUUACAAGAAAAAAGUCACAAGAGAAUAAAGUCACAAUAAUAUGAAAGUAAAGUAGAAUUAUUACAAGAAUAAAGUGAUAAUAUUAUGACUUUACUGACUUAUUUCUCGUAUUAUCACUUUAUUCACAUGUUAUUGGGGCCUGCCCCAUAGCAAUGCAUAAGGAGAGCAGUGACUGACUUGCGAAGCAAGUCAGUCACUGCCUCCAUGCAUUGCAUGGCAGG